AGAAAGGGCUUCUUUUCAAACAAUAGUAUCAGUCAGUCUUCUUUUGUAAAGGUGUGCUCGAAGUUUUUUUUUCUUUCUUUUUCUCUUUCGUGGACUAUUUUGAACUCUUAUCCGAUUUGCGGAGAGCGUGUGAAGUAGUCUUGGUUAGCCGCAGUACUUUUUUUGAAAGAGAGCGGAGUCGAUGAUGCUCAGGCGCCCAUAACGUUAGGGGACUCGUCAAGUGACGUGCGGUUGUCUUCUACCAGUCGAGGAAGCGAUAAGUUAUACAUAUGUCACUCUCUUCAGUUGAUUCAUAAUGAGUUUGGCUAUCUUUUAUUGAUCACUCUUCAAACACUUCUCUCCAUCUGCCUUCAAUUACGCAAACAAGUUCACCACUUCCAACCCACCAUCCACUCACCGCUGCCUUGCCCGUGUCUUUCCCGACAGAUACCGCUCACCGCUCCGUUGGCCGUACUAUUUCCGUCCAAUGCUCCUUUUUGUUCGACCAAAACUGGACUCUACAUCAUUUUAGUGUGUCUUCGAAAACUCUAUAAUCAGUCUUUGGGGAAAAUCUUGAUCUCUAACUUAAUGAGAGGUGACUUUGAGAUUCGUACUCUCGCCGGGGGAGCGGCAACAUCGUCAUCAGCAUCGAAUACCAAACCUAAUAUGAGUUCGAGCAAGAAUUCUUCUACUUCCAGUCGGAUCCUGGACAUCCCCUGCAAAGUAUGCGGAGACCGGAGCUCCGGCAAGCAUUAUGGCGUCUACGCCUGCGACGGAUGCAGCGGUUUCUUCAAGCGAAGUAUCCGGCGGAACCGAACGUACGUGUGUAAGAACCGGAGUGGUGGAGGCCCCUGUCCCGUGGAUAAGACGCAUCGCAACCAGUGCCGGGCUUGUCGGCUUAAGAAAUGCCUACAGGUUGAUAUGAAUAAAGAUGCUGUCCAACACGAACGUGGCCCAAGAAACUCAACGAUCAAGAAACAGAUGGCGCUAUAUCUAAAAGAAACGGCGGCAGCUGCAGCAGCAGCGGCUGCCGGUGACCUACCUCCGCCGCAUCUCCCCAAUGGUUAUCUGCCAGGGCCUGCCUUCUUUCACCCGUUUCUCAGCGUUGAGCCCUACCCGAGUAUCAUCGUCAGCCCCGCCGAUUACCCGACCUUUUCCCCUCAAGCCAUACCGUUCUAUCCAACUCCAAAGUACCCUCAUCAUGGCCAUGAACCGGUCACACUGAUGCCCUCUGUCGGUUCACCGGUCCCUCAUGAAUCCGUCUCGCCGAUGCCACCCGUAGGUUCAGUCGAGGCGAUCUGUGAGACCGCCGCUCGCCUUCUCUUCAUGAGCAUCAAAUGGGUUAAAAACGUUCCCGCCUUUAUCAGUUUACCAUACUCAGAUCAGCUCACGUUACUUGAAGAGGGUUGGAGAGAGUUGUUCAUCUUGGGAGCAGCGCAAUGGCAGAUGACAAUAGAUGGGCCUGGUCUGAUGGCUUCAGCAGGUAUGAAACCCGACACAACACCAGCUGAGAAGUUAGCGGCAAUAUCCAGCGAGUUACCGUUAUUACAAGAAUUGAUCGCCAAGUUCAGACAGCUCAACGUUGACGCGACAGAAUACGCUUGCUUAAAAGGCAUCGUCAUCUUUAAAAAAGAUGUCAGCGGCGUAAAAGAAGGCUCGGCAGUCGCCAAACUCCAGGACCAAUCACAGUUUGCGCUCCGCAAGUACAUCACCGUUCGCCAUCCCUCUCAACCCUAUCGAUUCGACAAACUCAUUCUCCUGCUUCCUAGCGUCAGGGCGAUAAGGCCAACUACGCUGGAGCAAAUCUUCUUCCGGAAAGCCGUGGGAUCGACGCCCUUCCAUACGCUCCUGACAGAUCUGUACAAGAAUGAAAACUUCUAGGACACGAUAGGACGAGAAACUGAAGUUUUGAGCAGGAUCGUAUGUUGACCUUUACUCUGUGUAGACGUCGUCGCACUUCGGUUUGGCGUUAGUUGACGCUUUGAGACGUUGUUGCACUGUGGUUCAUUCAUGAUCUUCAUGAUGAGUUGGAGACCUUCUUACACUGGGUUCGCUGCUCUUCCGUCAAAGCCGUCAACUUGCGUUAGUUGACGACUGAGUCGUUGAACUUCGAACACGCACCAAUAAUAGUCACUGCAAUUCAGUCAUGAUCUUUGCUCUGCGCAAGAUGACGCUUUUAUGGAAACGUCGCGCUUCACUGUGAAACUUGCACCGUUCACCUCAGUUCAGUAUAGGUCUUCACGACCUUCACGCCCCGUCAUUUCGCCCCUGAGAGCGACGUUACACCGCAGAGAGUCACAGCCCACCAAAGUUCAGUAACACCCUUCGAUCUGGGCCGUUUGACGCUUGAAGGCCCUUCUGAACUUUGGGCAUCUUCAGGAAGUCCGAUAUACGUUGCCGAAGCCACAAAUUUCCCAUCAUGGCGAGGUUGCACACAUUAUUAGCCUAGACCUAGCACUCGACGUGUCUCCGCGGGCAGAUUCUCGAAGCAGAACUAUUUAUCCCCAGACUGCAUAAAGAUGAUAAGCUGGAGUAGAGAUUCUAUUGGGAUAAACACUUUAAAAGUGCCUUCAAGUUAGUCGUCCGCGAUGAAAUGUAAGGUGUGUCGAUGGCAUUGACAAAAUUAAUGAGACACAGUAAUGCACAAAAUAUCUUAUUUUACACGGAUCUUCAUGGCUCAUCAUGUACGGUGCGUCAUUUAAACAGACUCUUUUUUUCCUUCAGGAAGCUUUAAAACGACAUUGUGUAAAUUGGAAAUCUAUUCGAUUGCUCUCCUUUACCCACGACUCGUUAUAAAAGUGAAAAUGAACUUGACUUACAAAAUAUUAACCUGAUACUACGUCAUCUGUGACCUAUAGCAGAAAGAGCUGCAUUUUAAAUGCAACUUAAAAAUAGCCACAGAAAUGCGCGCUUUUUAUUGGUUUGAAAUCAAGUUGCGAAUGAUAUUUAGAGUUGCAUUUUGAUUGCGACUCUUUCUGCUACCGGGCGCAUUGCGUAAUUUCAAAAUGAAUAUAUAUAAUGGGACCCAUUGCAUUAAAAAAAAUUAUUAUUAAACACAACGCGAAAAAUCAAACGCAUCUUGAUUUUCAACCAAUGAAACGAACGAAUUAGGGACCUGAACUUUUUUUAAUUGCGAUUAAAGUUGAACACGAUUUGAUUUUCUUCCUGGUCCCUGGCUGUAUAAUGAAUAAGAAUAUACCAGUAAUUUCCAAAAAGAACUUAGCCUUUUCCGUGAAAGCAUUAUCGGGCAUAUGCCUGCAGCAUUACUUGUUAUAACCACCAAUAAUUCAUUUCUCAUUACCGAAAACAGAAUUAACCGAAUGUAUGACUGUUCGAUCUUAAAAGUAUUGUUUGAGCUCUUAACAUUAAAUCUGUUUAAGAUUAGUCGUAAUUCCACCAAAGAACGUUAUAGACAUGGGGCCGAUUGCACGAAAGGGUCUUUGCAAGGACCGUCUUUCGUGUCGCUCAUCUUU